UUUUUACCCUUAAAAAAUGUUUUCGCGUUUAUAACAUGUGCUUUUUACCCUUAAAAAAUGUUUUUCACGUUUUCGUCUUGCUGAAACUGACAUUUCAGGGUUCACUUUGAAUUUUGAUCACAGCAGACAGCAGAGGCUUCACUAUGAAAUUCAGUAGCGGAAAAGUUCAUGCAUAAUCUGGCUCUUGCAGUGUAGGAAUUCAUGAUGUUUGUAGACUGCCAGUUAUGGUGAAGGGAAUCUGAAAAUUGUUAUAUUCAUUGAGAAAGUUCAACAAAUGAUUGAUUGAGAGCGGUUAAGCUAAUCUUUUUUGUUUUUCCUUCUUUCUAAAUCCUUCCAAAAAAAAAAAAAAACAACCCUUUUAUUAUUGGUUGUUUUGAUUGGAUUCUCUGAGUGACACCACUUUAAUUGCGGCGAGAACGUCAGCACUUGCGUAUGUAAAGUGAAUUUUUUGUUCAUUAAAGGAAUGUGUAUGUGACUAUGUGUAAGAACUCAAGUCAUCCAGUAAUUUUUGACCAAUUGUUUUCCUCGUGGUGGUUCUUAAUAUAAGGAGUUUAUCCAAAGAUUCCCACUUUCUCCAAUUUUACAGCAUAUUGUUGACUGUAUAUCCCAAAAAGGAGAAUCAACCCUUCUUCCCCUUCUCAUCUUUAAGGCCUGUGUUGGAGGUUUUAGGUAUGUUGUCAUGCUUGUGCUUCUACUUUGAAUUGGAUGUAUGAUAGUUGUCUGUUCAUCUGUUUCUCAUAAGACUGUCUGCUUAAGCUUUUUAACUGUUGAUAAAAUGUUACUUAGUUUUGUGAUCCCUGCUGGACCCAAUCGUUCAAUUGUAUCUAUUGCUAUAUUACUUAAACUGAUUAGGGUGUUUUGGGGGAUCACUCAGAGUAAUGAAGUUGAAUUACUUCCAAAAUUUGAUGGUGUUGUUGAAUUUGCAAUGCAACUCUGCUAAUUUUUGGUAUAGGAGCCUCAAUAAUAUUUGAUCUCGGAAUGCCAGUGUAAUGCCUGAGAUUUUCCCUCAAGACAUUCCAAUCAUCAAACAUGUAAAGUAUGACUCCUAAUCUGAUAUGUUUUUUGUUCUUAGUGCACGAAAGAAUGCUGAUUGCGAGAGAGUUUUAAUCCGUUUGUGACCUACUGUGCAUUGUGCAACAAAUUACAUUUUAACCUUACCUGUUUGCUAGGUCCUCUAAUGUGCUAGAGAAGUAUUGAUUCAUUCCAUUUUGCACAAUAUGCGUUAAAUUGAGUCCAGCAAUCUCAUGUAUUUCAGGUUUGUUGAACCAUGGCUUCUGAGGGUUCCAGUGAGGGCAACUGUCGUGCCUUUGCUGCAAGAGAUCCGUCUGGAUUCCUGUCUCCUUACACAUUCAACCGCAGGUAAUUGCACUGUCAGCAGGUAAAUGCUACCUGGUUUUCCUUCUUUGGAAGAGAAUUCUUAGUUCAGUUGGAUGAUUUUUAUAUCUUGGUGAUUGCACUUCUGCAGAAGGAUGAAUCAUAUGUCCUUUAAUCGUUUUGGCUCAUUGAGAGAGCAGGAAAUUUUGGGAAAGUUGGUAUAUGUAGUGUCUUGUGUUUAUAAUAUCUCACUAAGGGAUAGUAAUUAGUAAACCUAACAGAGUCUCAAAAAGAAGAAUAGAACCGCUAAGUACUAACACCUUUAUGAAUUAGACGGUGUAAAUUAAAGGAUGAGUAAUUCUUGAUUUGAUUUCUAAGUUAAAUAUUCUUCCCUCACUGAAGUUAAAGGUGAGAGACCUCUAAAAUUAAGGAGAAUACUGUCAACUAUGUGUUAUAUCUGAAGUGAAGACACAGGAUUAAAGUUUCCAAUAUUUCAUCUGGUUUAGCAUUCUCCAAUUCAACUUAGUUGUUGGGGCUUUGCAUAUUUCUUUGAUUUCAUGAAAUCAUGAAGUUUCUGACAACUGUAAACUAUCAAUCUCAACAGGACUGUAAGAGAUGAUGAUGUUUUAUUGGAUAUCGCAUACUGUGGUAUUUGCUAUGCUGAUGUUUCUUGGACGAGGAAUCACAUGGGAGAUUCGAAGUAUCCUGUAGUACCUGGACACGAGAUCACUGGCGUUGUACGAGAAGUUGGCUCCAAGGUGUCAAAAUUUAAACCUGGAGACCACGUUGGAGUUGGAACCUAUGUUGACUCUUGUAGGGAGUGUCAGUAUUGUGUUGAGAGGCUUGAGGUUCAUUGUGCCAACGGAAAGGUCCGUACUUUUAAUGAUAUCGAUUCCGAUGGCACAGUGACUAAAGGAGGAUACUCAAGUUUCAUUGUUGUUCAUGAAAGGUAUUGCCACUCAAUACCUGAUGGCUACCCACUAGAGUUGGCAGCACCAUUGUUAUGUGCUGGGAUUACUUGUUACACACCAAUGAUGCGCCACAACAUGAACCAGCCUGGUAAAUCGUUGGGUGUCAUUGGAUUAGGAGGUCUUGGACACUUGGCAGUGAAAUUCGGAAAGGCGUUUGGUUUGAAAGUGACGAUUUUCAGCACGAGCGAAUCGAAAAGGGAGGAGGCAUUGAGUCAUCUUGGAGCAGAUGAUUUUGUAGUUGCGUCUGAUGAGCAGAAGAUGAAUGCACUUUCCAAGUCACUAGACUUCAUUCUUAACACGGCUUCUGGCAAUAUUCCUUUCGAUUCAUACCUUAAAACCUUGAAAACUGGUGGUGUUCUUGUGACGGUUGGGGUUCCUCGUGAGAUGAACAUAAGUCCAAUGAAUCUAAUCAUAGAGGCAAGAACUAUAUCGGGAAGUGUCACAGGUGGAACGAAACAAAUUCAUGAAAUGUUGGAGUUCUGCGCCGCUCACAAGAUCUACCCUGAAGUUGAAAUAGUUCCGAUCCAAUAUUGCAAUGAGGCAAUCGACAGAGUAAUGAAGAAGGAUGUGAAGUAUCGUUUUGUGAUAGAUGUCGCAAAUUCCCUCAAGUGA